AUGGCCUCCGCUCUGGCGGCCUUUGGAUCCUGGCUCUCUCCCGCCCUCGCGCCGGGACCUGGCUGGAUCCUGGCGUCCCCCUGGCCUCCCCUCCUUCUGCCCUUCUGGGUCCCGUGUGCCUCUGCCGUGGGUCUUGGUGGCCUGGACCGCUCCUCUCCUCAUGGAUCUGGACUGGUCCUGGCUGGACUGGACCCUCUUGCUGGGCAGUCUCCCCUGGCCUGGCUGGAUUCGGGGGUCGGGCUGGACUCUGCUGCUCUCCGCCCUCGGACUGGAGCCCCCCCCCUGGCUCUCUGGCUGGCUGGACUGGAUGGGAUGGGCUGGCUGUCCGCCUCUUGGACCUGCUCCUGUUGGCGCCUGGAUGCCUGGCUCCCCCUGUGGAACUCCUUUGGCUGCGGCUGCGCUGGAUUCGUGACGGCCACCGCUCCGUCCUGCUGGCUGGACUGGAUUCGUUUGCUGCUCGCUCUGGCCUGGAGCCCCCUUCUCUGGGCUCCGCCCUGGCCCUGUGAUGGGUCUGUGGACCCCUCUCCAGCCUCCUCUGCUGGACCCUUGGGGGGACCCCCUGGCUGGUUCUCCUGCUGCUUGGCUCUGGCUGGUCCUUGGCUGCCUGGACUGUGGCUCUCCUCCCCUGGACUGGAUUUCUCCUGGCUGGGCUGGCUGUGCUGGCUCCUUUCUCUGGAGCUGGCCUGGAACUCACCCCCUCGCUGGGUUUGCUGGCCAGGCCUGGAUCGGACUGGUUGCUCCUCCCUGGAUGGCCGGGUGUCUGCCUUGGCCUGGCCGCCUCCUGGGCCCUUCGUUGGCCGUGGCUUGACUCUGGCUGGACCUUGCAUCCCUGGACCCUCCUCUGGCCUCCUAUUCUCAUGCUGGUUGGACGGCCCUGUUGCUGCCCCCUUCCCCCUGCCGCAUCCCUGCUGGCCCUCCCCCGUGCGCCCUAUCUGGACUCUCCGGCCCUGGCCCCUGGAUCGCUGUACUCCUCUGGUGGUGUGGAACGCCCGUCCUCUGGAUUAUCCUGGAUCGGGCCCCUCUGGAGGCUCGGUCGCCUGGCCUGGCUGGACUUCCUCUUGGUGCCCUGGCCUCCUCAGCCUCCUCCUUUCUGCCUCACGCCUCGCUCCUGGACUCGGCCUGCUGCUUCUACCUGGCUCGCCUGGUGCUGGCCUCAUCUGGCCUCUGCAGCUCUCUCCUCUGGCCCUGUGGAAGUGUGGACUCGCCUCGCCUGGCGGGCCCACCCCCCUCUCCCUGGACCUCCGCCCUCCGUGGACUGGGCUGGAUUCGUAUUCUCCCUUUCCCCCAGCUGCCUGCUCCCUCUCCUCUGGACUGGCCCUGCCCUCUGCUCUCCUCCCCUUCUGGACUCUCUCCCCCUGCCUCUGGCUCGGGACUGGGCUGCCUUCGUGGACCACUGGCCUGGCCCAACGCUCUGGAGCUGCUGGAUUCUGCUCUUGGGGGCCCUGGCUGGACCUGGUGCUCUGGCAGGACUUGGACUCUGCUCCUGGCUGGCCUUCACUGGCUCUGGCUUCCUGGCUGGACCGGGCCGCCCCUCUGUGCUCCUGGUGGCUGGCUGGAUACUGGCUCCUGGACGCUCCUCCCUGGAUCCCUCCGUGUCGCUGCCCCGCUGGCCUCUGCCUCUGGACCUUGCCUGCUCGUGCUGCUGGCUCUGCUCCUCCUGCGUGGCCUGGUGGGCUGGUAGUGUGUUGCUCGGCCUGUUCCUGCUGCGCCACUCUCUCCCUGGCUGUGGUCUGGUCCUCCGUGUGGACCUCAGGGCUGGACUGGCAUCCUUGCUGGGGCCUUGGACCCCCCAUCUUUGCCCAGGCGCGCCUUCCCCUGGUUCCCUGGCUUGCCUCUUCCUUGCAUGGACCGCUCCCUGUCUGGGCACUCUGGGGGGGGCCCUCCCCUGGUGCCUCUAGCUGGACUGUCCCUCUCCUCGUCCUGACUUGGUGGACCCUGCGCUGCUGGGAUAUCUCGUUCCACUGA